AUGUCGAGCCUCCUCUCUGAACGACAGAAAGAUGAACUACACAAAUCAAUGUUGUCUUACCUCCAUUCAGCAGGUCUACACGAUUCCUACGAGGCUUUAAAGAGAGAGACAGACAAUGGAGAUUUCCAAGUGGAUGAUCCGAAAGCUAGAUGGGUGGGAUUGUUGGAGAAGAAAUGGACUAGUGUGAUAAGGUUACAGAAGAAGAUAAUGGACCUAGAAUCACGCAACGCCACACUCCUAGCAGAACUCGCUUCACCCCAUCGAGCAUCCUCCUCAUCCUCAUCUGCCUCAACACCCUUCAUACCCCGCGCACCAGCCAGACAUACCCUCACAUCGCAUCGAGCCCCAAUAACCAAAGUAGCCUUUCAUCCUACAUGGACUGUGCUGGCUAGUGCGAGUGAAGAUUCGACAGUGAAAAUUUGGGAUUGGGAGUCAGGGGAGAUGGAAAGGACUUUGAAAGGGCAUACGAAGAGUGUGGGGGAUGUGGAUUUCGAUCCGAAGGGCGGGUUGAUGGUGACAUGCUCCUCCGACCUGACGAUAAAAGUAUGGGACACCUCAAACGAGUACACAAAUGUAAAGACAUUACAUGGACACGACCAUUCCGUGUCGAGCGUACGGUUCACACCUGAUGGGGAGAAGUUGGUAUCGGCAAGUAGGGAUAAGACUAUAAAAGUCUGGGAGGUUGCUAGUGGGUACUGCGUAAAGACCUUCACAGGCCAUUCGGAAUGGGUCAGAGGAGUCGUGCCGUCAGAUGAUGGGAAAUGGUUAGUGAGCUGUUCAAAUGAUCAGACAUCACGCAUAUGGGAUCUCUCAAAUGGAGAAACCAAAAUGGAACUGAGAGGACAUGAACAUGUGUUGGAAUGUGCGAUAUUCGCUCCUGUCAAUUGUUAUCCUGCGAUAAGGGAAUUAGCAGGUUUGGCGAACCCACCAGCUGGAGAUAGUCGGGCGAAGUCGCCUGGUGCAUUUGUAGCUACUGGAUCGAGAGAUAAGAGUAUAAAGUUGUGGGACGCUAUCUCGGGUCAAUGUCUACGGACGUUUGUCGGCCACGAUAAUUGGAUACGAGCCUUGGUAUUCCACCCCUCAGGGAAAUACUUGUUGUCUGCAUCAGACGAUAAGACCAUCAAAAUAUGGGAUCUAGCCAAUGGACGAUGCACCAAGACGAUAGAUGCUCAUGGUCAUUUUGUCACUUCGAUGUCGUGGGGAAGAGCUUUGAUAGGUGGUAAUUCGACAAAUAGCGAAUCUGUCGUCAAUGGCGAUUCGCUAUCAGGUGGGAAGAAGAAGGAAGAGGAAGGUAGUGGGAGUGGACCAAGGAGGAUCAAUGUCUUGGCUACGGGUAGUGUGGAUCAGACUGUCAAAAUAUGGACACCAUAA